GCACAUAAUUCCUCCACAUCACACUUGAUGCGGACACGUCGUUCCUCAAGCGCCAUGCGACGUACAACACGGCCAAGCAUUCGGGUUUCAGGCGCAGUUCUCGUGGCGAUUCUCUUCGUUUCCUGGCAACAAUGCUUGGCAUUCUUCACACUGCGCGGCCGAGUGCCUUCACCGCGGGCGCGAUGCCUGCGGCGUGCAGAGGACCAGGACACCAUGGGUGAACUUUUCACCAAAUAUUACCGGCUGCAAGAGGUUAACCGAAACUUGGCAGCGGAGACUAAAGUUGCUGUGGUCUCCGAACUCUUGGAGAUCCUGGAUGACCUGGAGCGGGGAGCCAGCCAGGAUGGUGGCACCGGGGCCAGUUCCUCUUUGAAGACGCUAGCCAAAAAGUUUGAAGCGAGGCUCCAGUCCCUGGGCUUCCAAAGAAUUGAGGUAGGUUGGGCCUUUCUUGGCCAGAUAUGCAAGACGGAUGGUGGUGCCUCAUUGCGGUAGGUUCCUCAAAAGACUGUGGAGGACAAGAUUUAUAUACAGUAGAGCAGGUUCGGGGCAGGUCCGGAGCAGAGAGCACAUUCGAAUCACACAUGGAUGCCAACGAAACCUUUAUGUGUCUUUGCUCCUAGAAGCGAUGCCCUUUGUUCCUAGUAGCUUCUUGUUCCUAGUAGUACGGCCAGGAGCCCCUAGUAGCAUCCUUGCUCCUAGUAGCGAUGCUUUCUUUUUGUUUUUGCUUUCCAAUGAAACCUUUAUGAACAGCAAAUCACCGAACUCGCCAGGCGCAGGGGCAGGCCUUUGACCCUUCUCUGCAUGAAGCUGCUGCCCAGCGGCCUGCAGAGGGUCUCGCAGCGGGCCAGGUCUGCGAGGAGCUGAGGUCAGGAUGGAUGCUAGAAGACAGAGUUGUCCGUCCGGCUGUGGUCACAGUGGCAGCUUAAAGAGAGUGGGCCAA